UGGAGUCUGUUGUAGAUCAUUAUUCUACUUAAAGCACGGUUGCAAAUUUUAAUGACUGUCAAAUCCUUAUUUUCAUGGGACGAAAUCCAGACAGGUAUCCUGCUCUGAAAUCAUCAAGGGCUAAGUUUAAUAUACUUGAUAUUGUAAUAAUUCUGUUUCAAUUUCUCUUGCAAGAGAAAAAUGAGCAACCAAGAAUACGGAAGUAGCCAGGAAUUUGCUGCAGAUGUGAGAUUAAUGUUUUUCAACUGCUACAAGUAUAAUCCUCCAGACCAUGAAGUAGUAGUUAUGGGUAGAAAACUUCAGGAUGUUUUUGAGAUGCAAUAUGCACAAAUAUCUGAGCCUGUUAAAGCUCCACCAUCGGCACAAUCCACAACUCAUUUCACUGAAUCAUCAAGUGAAGAUAAUGACAGUUACUCUGCUGAAAGUAGCUCCGACAGCUUAAUGAAAGAACAGAAGGAUCGCCUUGCUCAGCUUCAAGAUCAGGUUUAAAAAGAAUUUCUAAAAAGAAAAGAAUCUUAUUUUUUAAAUACAAUUUCACUUAAAUUAUUGUUAUAGUGCCACUAAUCUCUCACUUUGUCACUCCUGAUCGCCAAGUGUACAGUAACUGAGAGUUCAUGAGAUUGUAAAACUAUAUGUUUGAUUGUUGGUACUUCAUUUUCUUGGGGCAUGUUAUUCCAAGAUUGGUUCCUGAUCAUUCACAUCUUGAGUUGAGAACAUUUCUUUUUCUCUGUGGUUUCAUUUACUUAGCUGUCGAGGCAUGUUUUGACUUUUCUCCAAAAGCAGAGGUUGUCACUAGUGAGUUACUGUAGCAUUCUCGGUUGAAGCCCCAGCCCCUGUGCUGCUAGGAUUUGUAUCUGUGACCAUUAACGUUUGACUUUUCAAAUCUAUAUCCACU